UCCUUUUCGAAUGAUUAGCUUCCCGGCAAAGUCAUCACAAUAAUGGCCAUCUCUCAGUGAAGACGAAAUUCAAAUCGAACUGCAAAAAGGGGGAACGACCUCCCAUUUCCAUUUCUACACUGAUUCCAGUAUUUUUUUCUUCUCUCUUUGUCUCUCCCUUUUUUCACUAAAUCGGGGACACAAUACAAUUUAUUUCCGUGUAGCGUCGCCUAUAGAAUUCACCUGGACUUUCCUAACUUUCAUUUUCUAACACUCUUCCUCCUACUACUCGUUGCAACUGUUCUAUGGCAGCAACGUGAUAUUAAUUAUUCAUUGCUCUGUGACGCCCAACGUGUCUGCAUAAUCAUUCAUGUGGACUUACACUUGCACAGCUGGCUAUAGUAACAAGACAAAUGUGAAUAGAAAAAUCUAUUAAAUGUAUAUUCACUUCACAGACUUGUUACUUGUUUUAUCGAUUAUCCAUCAUAUGGGUUUGAAAAAAUAAUGAGAAUCUUCAGGGUCGUUUUUGAAAAAUCUUAAAAUCACUCAUAAUUUCAACUCAUAAAUUGGAAAAUGUGAAGAUUCGGUUGAAGAAUUCGUUGUUGCACUCGCAAAGAACUAAUUGUUUCAUAAAUUUAUUUAUAACAAGAGAUCUGCGUUUCCAAUUAUUCUCUAAAAAAUAUCUUCCUCGUAAUAACGUUAUUUCUUCGAAGGGGAUUGCAAAAAUAAGUUCAGUCACUUCGUUUCGCGUUUAAUUAUACUAAUGCAAAGAAAAAUCUCGCACAAUCGAAGACUAUCCGUAGAUUCUUAUCAAAAUCGAGCGAUCAAUGCAAAUACCCCGACUGAUUUCUCCCCGUUCCCCACUUGAAUAUUCCAUCUACUCACUUGACAAUGAAAAACUUUCUUUCUCCUUUAAUUAAAUUGCAAAAACUCUGAUUACGAUCGCAUUCUUAUAACUAGUUUGGUAAUCAAUAUGUAAGAUGGCUUAUCGCAUCAAUUGAGGAAGACUGGCUGGAUCUGGCUGGCACCCAAGAUUAGAAAAAACGAAAGUUCCUAGAUCCUGAACGAAAAUGUAAUGAGUACUAUUGGAGUGAGCUAUCGAUUCCAUCGAAAUCGACCAUUGUUCGAUGCGGCCACCUGAUGUCCUAUAAAUACUUAUGGGGGUCACCAGUGGGUUCAGUAUGUGUUGAGCUGCCAAGGUGACUGUUUCAAAAGUCGAGGAUAAUGAAGAUACUUGUGGUUGUGGCGUCAGUGCUGGUGUUGACAUCAGCAAUCAGAGUAGAUUCCAAGGUAAAGAAGGAGAUAAAAGGGAGCAAAGCAACUAGGAGACAGGAUAAUGGAGUUCUGCGACUGAGCUAUGGAUUACCACAGGAGCCCUCCCACGUCUAUGGACCUCCAUCAGAACCACAUCCGGUUCAUGAACAUCCUGUGCCGGAUAAUCAACAUCUAUUACCUCAGGACCAUCAGCAGUGGAUUCCUCAAGAGCAACAUCACCAUCACUUGAUACCGCAGGAGCAGCAUCAUCUUGUGCCUCAGGAUGGUCUGCAUCAACAUCAGAUUCCUCAAGACCAUCAGGAUCACAUCCUAUUUCCUCAUUUACAUCCUGUAGCUCAUCCUAUCCCUGCUGUUCCUGUGCCACACCCGGUUCCAGUCCCCCAGCCGGUGCCCGUGGGAGUCCCCCAGCCGGUUCCAGUCGCCGUUCCAGUUGUUCAGACUGUUACGAAACCAGUGGCGGUUCCCUAUCCCGUUGACAGACCGUAUCCAGUGCCAGUUGAUCGGCCAGUGGCGGUUCCCGUGGCAGUUUCUGUUCCUAAACCCUACCCAGUGCAUGUCGAAAAAGUCGUUCAUGUUGACAGGCCUUAUCCCGUACCUGUGGAGAAGUAUAUUCAGGUACCAGUGCAUGUCGAUCGACCUGUACCUGUUCACGUCCUCAAACCUUAUCCCGUUCACGUAGAGAAACUGGUUCCAGUGGACAAACCCUAUCCUGUCCACGUGGCUGUUCCUGUUCAUGUGCCCAAACCCUAUCCUGUUCCUGUGGCCAUUCAUUACAAAGCCCAUCAUCAUCAUGGUGGAUGGUAGGACCAGGUCAAAGUAGAGGUCUAAAUUUUUACGAACGUUAUUUUGUCAAUAUCUUGAGAAGGAGCGAUUUUAAAGGAAAAAUUCAGGCUAUUUUAUGACAUUUAACUUGUGACAUUUAUUCGUACAGUCGCUUGAGGUACAAAGAACAAAAGAAAAAAAAAGUUAAUUUCGAAGAAGAUGAAAAGACUUUUUUCAUUACAAAUGAAAGUCUUUAGAGAAAAGGUUUCGAUACAUUUUAACUGAAUUCUCGAAUUAUGGUUACAAAAUAAUCUUCAAUAGUUGACUUUGUACUUUUUUCCUUUCAUUUAUUUUCAUCUGCGAGAAGAGAUGAAGAAAAUGAACUCUUGUUAUACCUGUCGUUUAAUUCCUAGGCGAUUUGGAUGACUCCAAAGACUCAAUUAAGAUUAUAAUAGUAAUUAUAAGGUUGUACAUUAUGGAAAUGAGUUUUGUAGCGAGUUUUUAGUCGAAUAAAUCUUCUAUUUUCAUAGGAAUAGUGUCUCCCUUUAUUGGAGAAGUCAUAGUCUAAAAUUAAACAGUAAAUAUUGGAUAGUGGGGAGGGCUGCGUCGAUAAUUCAAAUUACUCCAUCGAUUCUUCGAUAACAUCGCACUGUUUUAAAAAUAUAUCGAUAUAACAUGUGCGUUUCAAGAGGAAAAUAUAGGUUGUUGUGAUAUGAACUUUGCCCAGCCAAUAAACACUUUUGUCGUGGCCUAACUCCUUGAAGGCUGCGCUGUCAUUAACGCCCUGAAAGUGUGAAGGUUUCCACUCAGAAGUGACUGAUAUUAAACUGAAAUGUCUCAUAAAUAGUAUUCAAUUAAGUUUGAUAUUUUAAAUUUAGAUGCGCUUCGAUGUAAAUUACAGUCAGUAAUUAAUAAAAUUCAAUGGAGCUCCGGAGAGGGGUGAGAAAUAUCUUAUUGAUAUUAGAAAAAAAUCCUCGACUCUACACAGCCGUUAAACUUCAUAGUUUAUUUAAACAACGCCCUCGGCAACAGAUGUUGGACUUGACACUACGAAGACCGACACGUUCGUCGAGGAUACAACGUUAAAGGCGAUAAGUUACGUACUCAACGAGGGAAUCUAUUUCUUCUGCAAUUCGUUGAGUUGAGAAAAUAGAAAUAUUUUAUUUAACAAUUUUUCUCCACUGAAAUUUGGUUUUAUUUAUAAAUGCAAUGAAUACUAAUGCUAUAACAUAAAGAAUAGAACUCGUAAUAAAACAAAUAUUUUUUCAACGUUUUAUUCUCUUUUUUAACAAUUCAGUUUUAGUCUGCGCUUUGUAGAUUUAAUGUUAAGAUUCAUGGAGAACAUAACAUGAAAUAACAUAGAAACAAAGAAAUCUAGCAACGCAAACAAGUAACAUUCAUUAUUUUCCAAUUUUCCAAGUUUGAUGUCGGUUGUCAGCAACAGAAUUAAGCUAAUUUUUCUUUAUAAAGUUGGAAAUUGUUGUUUAAAAAAUUACUUUCGCCAUUUUCACAGUCCACUUUUAUUGAUUUGAAAAGUGGAAAACUAUGCAAUAGAAAGUGAAAUUUGUAAAUAAUUAAUUGGUCACUAUAAGAGGGAAAUUUUGCAGCGGAUCCCUUUUCCUUAAAUUUUAUCCAAGGUCAUAUUCAAGGAGAUGUUGAAACAUUCAAAACUGAGAACAAUCGAAAAUAUAACGUCACACAGUUGAACGAUUUUCUAUGGAAUCGCCCUAUUUUCUGUACUACCUUUAACAUGUCGUGUCUGUUAAAAAAACCAUAUAUCAAAUUAUUUUUCAAAUUAUUUUUCGCUUCAAACCCGGUGUAGACAAUCCAUUUCUUCAGUAAAAUUUUCUUGUAAAAUUACAUCGAGAAUAAUCCUGGUUCCUUCCCUACCUAAUUUAAAAACCUAUCCAACAAUUUCCGGUACCAUCACAAAAUGGGGAACGCUGUAUAAAUUUCCCGUCUUACAUGUGUUCUUUUAUGGUAAAGCAUCUCAGGAUAAAGCAUUCCAUAUGUGCUUUCUUUUUAUAAAAAAAAAUAAUCAAAUAAUAUUGUAUAAAGUAGUAUUUACAAUUCUAGGUUCACUGACCUUAAUGCAAAUA